CAAAACAAAGCCCGGAAGCUUCAUAUUCUUUCUGGGGCCAAAAAUCCCUUUGCUCUCGUCUGAAUCCAGGAAGAUGAUGUCAUUUUCUUUGAGUAAACAGCGCCUUUGUGUGAGCAGCUGAUCCUGAGAGGUUCUGAAAGCGAUAAAUCCACUUUUACUGAGGAAAAAGUGUCAUGGACGGGAGUUUGAGCAGAGCAGACUGUCGGGUUGGUGCCGCUGUGUUCGCCGCAGAGGGGCUGCCGCCGCUGCCUAAGAGCCUGAGCGGGAUCCUGAACUCCAGCGGCGGGUCCUGGAGGGACAUGCAGAAGAUGCACAGCAAGAGGAGCCGCAUCCAAGCCGAGAUCAGCUGCAGAGGAGGCAGAGAGGCGGCUGCUGCCAAGCCUGGUGGUCUGGACGCUACGCUGGCGCUGCUGCGCAAAGAGAUGGUGGGUCUUCGUCAGCUCGACAUGUCUCUGCUCUGCCAGCUGUGGUCUCUCCAUGAGGCCAUCCAGGAGUGCAAGGGCGAAGCCUCCAUCACCGCUGAUAACGGAUACUCUGAGGAUGAAGAGGAGGAGGAGGAACUAGAGGAGAAGAAUGAGGAUAAAGCACAAAGCUCUUCUCAGCACUCUCCCAGAAACUCCUUUCAUUUAUAGUUAAUAGAAACACAUGGACCAAUGGUGAAGAGGCCGUUUGGCUCUUUGAGACCCUUUUUUAUUGACGUUUUAAUUUAUCACAUGCCUGUUUAUCUGGCACAUUUUGCUCAGUAAGAUUUGUACUUUGUACACAUUUAUUAACUUUUAUGCCUGGUUUAAUAAAUUAUUAUUUUUAA